GAGGUGGCUGCGCUCGGCUGCAGGUAUGCCAGGUACUGCAGCAGUGUGUGCAUCAUAUGGCUCCAACUCCCAGCCAAUGACCCCUGGACACUGCAAGCCUGAUAUUUCUUGUGCAGGAAAAAGUGGACAAAGGAUGAAUCACUUCACGGUUCUGGCACUGCUGCUCCCCCUACAGACUUGCUACGCUGCAUACUCACAGCAAGGAUCCGAUGUGUUUCCAGUAACAUACCUUAAUGUUUCCAAGGAUUUGGCUCUCCAGAAGCUGCUGGUGGAGUGGGAUGUUGACAAGUCAGCACAUGAUGCUAAGCUGUCAAUGUCUUUUGAAAUACAAGUCAGUCGAACAAAUGAAACUACUGUGUGGACAGGGUUUCAUAAUGUCACACUUGAUAAAUUAGGAAGGCCUCUUCACUGGACAUGGCAUUCAGACAUACCUUUGGAGUGUAUAUCUCAUGCAGUGAGAAUCAGGAGCAAAGCAGAAACAUCAAAAACCUGGAGUCAGUGGAGUCUAUGGGAAACUGUCUUGGGCCUUGACACUUCGAAUAGCAGUGAACCACAAAUCUUUCCAAGGAAAACAAUUUUAGAGGAAGGCUCUGAUAUCACUUUUUGUUGCAUUGGAAGGAAAGGUCAAACCAUUGGGAAUUUCUCUGUACUCUCAGCUGUUCGUGUUUUCAGUCACACAAACACUCAACUCGGACUUCUCACUGUGAAAAAUGUGAGCCAUCAAGAGGCUCACAUCCAUGUCUUCUGUAAUUACAGUGAAAUUCACGGCUUAGCUCGUACAGCUUUCCUCGUGGGUAGAGCACCUGAUGCACCUAAAGAUCUUUCCUGCCAAACUCAAGACAUGAGAAUAGUAACAUGUACUUGGAGCCAAGGAAGAAGCACCUAUCUCUACGGGAAGAAUUUACCAAAAUACACCUUGUCUGCAAAAUCUUCCCAGAAAACGGUUCAGUGCACACCAAGUGGUUCCAAGCCAAGCGCAUGUUCUUGGGAUAUAGGCCAGCAGAGUAUCUGGAAUGUCACAGUGACUGUGGAAAACCCACUGGGAAAGAAAACUGCCACGGAUGUUUUUAAUGUAAAUCACAGAAUUUAUCCUACUGCACCUUUCCAGGUGUGGGAAAAAUACACAGAUACAGAAAUCACAUUAUACUGGAAUCAUCAAAGCAAUGGAAUUGAACUCUUUUGUCAGACUGAAGUGCUCCACCCCGAUGGGAAAGUUGAACUGCACAACAGUUCAGACAGGCAUUCACCUCACAGGAGCAUCUCCAUGGGUGGGCUGCAGCCCUACACGGAAUACACAGUGAGGGUUCGCUGUGGGGCAGCGAAGCAUUUCUGGAGGUGGAGUGAGUGGAGUGAAGCCCGGACUAUCAGAACAGAGGAAGCAACUCCAUCAGGGAAACUGGACAUGUGGAGAGAAAUUAUACCAGUUCUGGGGGGAAGGAACGUGACCUUGUUCUGGAAGCAAACACCAGGUUUUCGAGCAAAUGGAAGAAGUAUUUCGUAUGAAGUAACCUGGGAAAAAAUAGAAGAUGGCUCUAGGCCUGAAAGCAUCUCCUUGUCAUCAGUCUACAAUAGCACAAGGAUUUUCAUUGAUAAGCAUUCCUACAAAAUCAGUAUCAUGGCAAAGAAUGGUGUUAAUUUUUCACUUCCUUCAGUAUUGGUCAUCUCUAGAGCUACAGAUAACAGUACUGAAGAGCUUAAGGAAGAACAGGUUAAUGGUACAGAUGAUGGCAUUUUUAUUUCCUGGAAGCCCAGAUAUAUAUAUGACAGUUACAUUAUUGAUUGGUGUAACUUUCCGAAGUUGCAGCCUUGUGAUUUGCAGUGGAAGAGAUUUGGGCCCAACACUUCCAGUGCUGUGAUCAACUCAGCUGCUUUUGUUCCGGGGGUGAGAUACAACUUCCACAUCUAUGGAUGUAUUGCUAAUAGAGCCUCCUUACUGGAAAAGAAGACUGGUUAUCUCAGGGAGCUACCUCCUCUUCUUGACCCUAUUGUGGACAAAGUUGAACUGACUUCCAAUGCAGUAACACUGUCUUGGGAUUCUUACCUCACAAAUGAGUCACAGUCUGGUUUUGUGAGAGGCUACCAUAUCUAUGUGUCACCUGUAGAAGGGAACUGCAGUUUAAAAGGAUCAAAAAAGCACAUUCUUUCAGAUAAUUCCGAGCUGUGUAAAUACACAAUUGAAAAUCCAGAAGAAAAGAGAUACACUGUGGAACACCUGAUGUCAAACACAAAAUACAAACUAGUGGUUAAAGCAUACACAGGUGGAGGAGAGACUCCCAUUGAUGACUUCAUAUACAUAGACACACCAUAUAACUCAAACAUGCUGUGCUUCCUAUUCCUGCUAGUGAUAGUUCCAACCCUAGUAGCAGCUGUAUGCCACUGGAAGAAGAAAUGGGUGAAGGAGUGCUGCUGUCCUGCAAUACCUAGUCCUAGCAAGAGCAAAGUGCUGUCAUUCAAAGAGUUUAAGAUUGGUUCUGAGAAAGUGAUGAAAAUAAGUGACUGCACUCCUGACAUACUGGCUGUGGACAGUAAGGCUGAAGCCCAGAAAUUACAUCCAUGGAGCGAGUUGUCUUCAAUACCAACAGAAGAUAAGACUGAUGGUCACAAUUCAUCCUGGAUUUACCCUAAGGAAAACGUAGAGAGAGACCUUCCACCCACACCUACAUCUCAAACUCGUAAUUGGUUUGAGAAUUUUGCUUAUUUUUCUCAUCUUGAUGUUGAAUCUGAUCCCUAUCAAAUACCAGGGACACUGGAAGCGAACAAGCCAGAGCUGGCAGUAAUGCUAUACCAGCCACACUGCUAUACUGAUAUUUUAAAUGAAGACACAGCCUCAGCAACCAGAGAAGCAGCUGGCAGAAAGAAUGGUCUGAGGUAUAUCUCACAGACAAAUGUGCACUGCCUGGGGAGAAGGCUUUGAUGUACUCUCCUCCACUGAGUCUACCCAGUGUUUGAUUACACCAUAUAGAUGAGAACUUCUUUUGAUUAGGGCUCUCACAAGCCCAACUGCCCUACUUUGUCUAGUUUUAAGUACUGGCUUGCACACAGGAACAAUGUGUGUUAUGGUUUCAUUCCAAGUUUAUGGGGAUUAUAUAAUAUUUAUAGACCAUUUUGUGGCCUGUAUUGUGUAAAAAGCUAGAUCACAGCAGUCUUGUCGUAGCCUGAUGCAGAGAACUGCUGUGUUUUACAGAGAUGAAUUUAUUCAUAAAGUAGAGGAGCAAGUUAAACAAGGGGAUAGGUGGUUGUGCUUAAGGAAUUUAUUUCACUUGCAGUACACUACCACAUGCUCUGGCCACCCCAGCCGGGGGUGAUGUGCUUCAGGGCAUGGAGCAUUACCCAGCCCAGUGAUACUGAGGGGUGGGUUUUAUUUUCUGUCUCUUAAGUGAUAUGAGGAAUCAUUAUAGAAAGGUUAUCUGCAUACAGUGUGGCACAUUAUUAGAGAUUUGAAGGAACUUUGACUUCUCUAGGAGUGUUGCCAGAGCACCAGAAUCCAGUAAUUGCCAUGCUUUCACUGCACCUCUGUCCUAAUGACACUUGUUGGGUGAAAGAGCACAAACCCCAUAUUUUUAUAGUACAAGCCCCUGCUCCCAUUUCUUGUCACUGGGGCUCAUCACACUUCUGCCUUCUCUGCCUGGAAGACUGACCCUGUAAAGUUGUCUUAACUAUACACUAAAGAAAUCUGGGGAGCUAGGUGGGAAGUUGUUUUUGCAGCAGGAAAGCUGUUUGUAGAGGUGGUACCAUGCACUCUCUCUCUGCUUUU